ACUAAAUAUACCGUACAUUUGUGUGUUGUUGUUGGCCGCCAAUAGGACAACAAGAUUUAGUGGUCGCGCGACACCCGCAUAAGCGUACGAAAUGGCCACUAAUAGACCCGAUCGUCAAUUGAAGACUACCGACGGCGGCGCCGUCGCCGCCACCGUUGCCGAUGAGUAUAAUAAUGACGACGAUCUAUGGUCAGUGUUGACCCGUGAGGCCUCAUCGGCAACCAUUGACCAAUUGAUUAGCUACGGCUAUAACAAUACAGCGACAAUCCUAUCGAUAGAUUGCGAUAAAGAUUUCCAAGUAAUGACCGAUAUAUUACUUGGCCAGCGGUCGCUGAUUCGGCGAUUGGUCAAUGACUAUCAGAAAACGGCGUCCACAACAACAACAACAACCAAUGAUCACUGUAUGGCUGUCGGCGGCGAUGACGGUCAUCGUAAUCAGCGGCCGUCAACAGUCAUGACCGCAGACAAGGAGGAGGAGAAUCGCCGACGACUACGACAACAACAACAACAACACGAGUUAGUUGUUAAGCAACUGAUGGAUGAGUUGGAUGUUAAGGAUCGGCAAAUCAAAACACUGGAAACUAAAUUGUCUGUACUGUCCGAUGCCAGUGAAGCCGGACGACUGGUCAUCAAAACGUUGAAAACCGAACAAAAUGAAAGCCAAGCGGCCAUAACGGCAGCGGUCGACAAGUUUGACAAUAGUUACCAGAGUUUGAGAUCAGUGUUGUUGGAGUCGGCGGUGACGACGGCGGACAACAACAGCAAUACAUGUGUUGUUAGUCGCCGUCGACACUCUUCACCGAUACCGACGUCAAGUAUAUUAUCGCCGCAGCCGUUGAUGGCUAGAAAGUCAGUGCCAUCGUCAUCGUCGACCACGACCUCCACAGUCGCCGCCGCACUUAUAGCUUGCGUUGAAAGUACUUGCGAAGUAAAUGUCGAUAGAUUGGCGGCGACGGCCACUCAACCAUUACCGCAGAAUAUCAUCGACAACAACAACAACAACAACAACAACAACAGCGAAACAGUUGUUGCAAUGACUACGACGACUAACACUGAUUGUAAUAAUAAUAAUAAUAACAGAAAUGAAAAUAAAGGGAAAAAACGGACGACUGUCCGGUCGUCGCCACCGACUCAUGAAAAGCGGACGAAAAACAGCGAUAAUAGGCAAAGGACGACGACGACGAAGAAGAAGAAGUUGAAGAAGAAGGAGAAGAAGGAGAAGAAGGAGAAGAAGAAUAUAGAGAUACUUAAGACAAAAAACAACAAACAUAUGCUCAUCGACCGAGACAUCGAUGACGACUUUUCUACCGCCACCACAACUGAUACAACCACUACUACUGCCACUACCAAUAGGAUUGUCUCUCUAUCGUUACCACAAACAAAAAGAGAAUAUCAGCAAUUAAUAGACGAAAUACUGGCCAACAGGUCGCUGAUAUGUCCGAUAUGUCCGAAACAGUUUCCCAAUAAUAGCAAACUUGUCCGACACGUUCAGACACAUUGCAAAAAGUUUCGCCAACGUUUUACCUGUCGUACGUGCGGCAAACAACUGCUUAAUCGGGACAAUCGUCACGAGGCCAGGUGUGCGGCGGCCAAACUGACGGCACAGCCAGGUAUCGGUAUUAUCAAUGUCGUCGGGUGUAGCGGUAAUGGUGAUGAUGAUGACGAUGAUUAUGAUACGCACGAUAUGGAUGCGUGCGAUAAUAAUAAUAAUGACACGCACGCGCUUUAAUGAUUUAGUUGAUAAUACCUGUAAAAAGCUUACACUAAAAUAGUGGUAAUAACACGUGUUUUUUUAUCGGUAGUUUUAAAAUACAGUA